CGCCUCGGCGCCGACCGGGCGCCAUUUUGCGCACUUCUCCACGUUGACGUUUGCAGCCGGUUUGAAACAAACGUUGUGGGGUGGGGGGGAAAAAAAAUAACGCUCGCACACAAACGCUGGUGUUUUUUUUCUUUUUAAAGAAAAAACAUCCACGGAGAGGAAAUGUCUCGGGAUCGUUUUAGGAACCGCACGGGAUUCCAGAGGCGCGGCGGCAUGAGCCCUCCGUUCCGCGGCGGUGGCGGCAGCAGCCGCAACAAUGUGAAUAUCCCCACCCGCCCGAACGGAGCGGGAAACGUGGCCGAGGCCCUGAAGCAGCAGCCGGCGCCUUCCGCGCAGAGCCAGGCGGCGGGGACGGCAGCGACGGUGGCGCCGGCGGCGGCCCCCACGCAGACCCCGCCUCAGAAGUCGCCGGCGCAGGCCUCGCAGAAGCCUCAGGAGCCCGACAAGAAGAACGGCGACGCGGCGCCCGCCCAGCCCCCACCGGUGGCGGCGGCCGGGGCUAGAGGCGGGGGCGGCGGCGAGGGCAAGCCGUCCUACCAAGGGACCGACAACCAGAACCGCCAGCCACGCGACAACAAGCCGACCGAGGGCGAAAUGCGGCAGGCCCAGGAGGUGCUGCGGGCCCAGCUCUCGCUGCUCCGCAAGCCCGGCGAGAAGACCUACACCCAGCGCUGCCGCCUCUUCGUGGGCAACCUGCCCGGCGACAUCACCGAGGACGACUUCAAGAGGCUCUUCCAGAAAUAUGGCGAACCCGGCGAGGUUUUCAUCAACAAAGGCAAAGGUUUCGGCUUCAUCCGCCUGGAAAGUAGAACUUUGGCUGAAAUAGCCAAAGCCGAACUUGAUGAUACGCCUAUGAGAGGCCGACCACUUCGUAUCCGUUUUGCCACACAUUCUGCUGCACUGACUGUCCGCAAUCUCUCUCCUUAUGUCUCAAAUGAAUUGCUGGAGGAAGCUUUCUCCCAAUUUGGUCAAGUGGAGAGAGCUAUUGUAAUCGUAGAUGAUCGUGGCAGAUCAACGGGCAAAGGAAUAGUUGAAUUUGCUACAAAACCGGCUGCGCGGAAGGCACUUGACCGAUGCAGUGAUGGAGUGUUCCUCUUAACAGCAUCUCCUCGUCCUGUAAUUGUGGAACCAAUGGAACAGUAUGAUGAUGAAGAUGGCCUUCCAGAAAAGCUUGCCCAAAGGAACCCAAUGUAUCAGAAUUGUGCCUCCCUUGCUUUCAGAGAGAGAGAGCAUCCUCCUCGUUUUGCUCAGCAUGGAACAUUUGAGUUUGAAUAUUCCCAGAGAUGGAAGUCACUUGAUGAAAUGGAAAAACAACAGAGAGAACAAGUAGAAAAGAACAUGAGAGAGGCCAGGGAUAAGUUGGAAAAUGAGAUGGAAGAUGCAUACCAUGAACAUCAAGCAAUGUUGUUGAGGCAGGAUCUUAUGCGGCGCCAAGAAGAGCUGAGGCGCAUGGAGGAGCUCCACACCCAAGAAGUUCAAAAGCGUAAACAGCUUGAAUUGAGGCAAGAGGAAGAGCGUCGCAGACGAGAGGAGGAAAUGUUGAUGCGACAAAGGGAAAAAGAGGAGAUGAUAAGGCGCCAGAGGGAGGAGAACUUCCGCAUGGGUUACAUGGAUCCUAGAGAGCGUGAAAUGCGUAUGGCUGCAGGAAUGGCAGAACAAUAUACUGCUGCAAACCAAAGCUUCCCACCAAUGGCAGCAAUGGCCUAUGAAGGUCACAGUACAUUGAGUAGUCCUGGAGGACCCAGUGCGAUGCCUGGACAGAUGAUGAGCGCCAGUGCAAACACCGGUGACAUGGCAGGGCGUAAUGACCGCUUUGGACAGGGGACACCAGGUCCAAUGAAUGCUCAGCCCCCACGUCCUAUGGGGCCUACUGGUCCCAAUUUUAAUAGAGCGAGAGAAGAAUAUGAAACAGCUAACAAGAAGCCUAGAUACUAAAAUUUAUAGCUCUCCUUUAGUGUGCAUUCCAGAUAGUCUCCUUUAGAUGGAAACUCUUCAUAAAUGCGUUUUUUUUUAGUUGGUGGCAAAGUUGCAUUUUAUGCCUAUUCAGAUUUGUGUAUUGACUAAACUUUGUAAACUGUAACAAUUCACGCUGGCACAUUGUGAAUGUUGAAUUAUGUCAAGCAAGUGAUAGUGCAAAUAGGCAUCUUUUCCCAGUACUUCAAAUGUACACUGAAGUGCCAUUAAACCUCUAGAAAGUAUGCUCCAUGUAUCUUUUGAGUCAUUGUAGAAGCAUGUUAAAUUGUGUAGGCUAAAUGCUUGUUUUGAAAUGGUGGAUUCUGUAUUUUGGUCGUCUUUUUAAAUUAAAACUCAUUCGUAGUGCUAAUUUGAAACGAGUUGUUUUUAACCAAGAAUAAAGUCUCUGCCAAAUAGUGGCAAAUUAUAGGCUUCCAUAAAUGGGACAAAGUAUUGCUGACUAUUGCAAACUUUGUACCAUUUAUCAAAGUUAAUUCAAUAAGGUAAGGAUUGAUGGGAAUUAAGCGCAACAAAAACUGGCUUUAAAUUGUAACACAUUUUUAUUUCUGCUUGAGAUCUUAUGGUUACUUUAAUUUAAAUUUAGGUCAAAGAGCAUUAAAUAGAACUUUUCUAAUAGGUUUUAAAAUUUUCAAAAAUAAUUAUUUUUGUCGUUCUAGUUUUGGAUCCCAGAAACCUGCAAGCCAAAUUCUGUCAGUUGUACCAGUGAAGUCCACUGACAAAUCUAGGUUUCUGAUUUGGCAAAUACAUUUGAGAUUUGAGUGUUUGAAAAUGUUGGGAGGGCAGGAUGAUUGAUUAUGUUGCAGUAGUACUUAUGUUAAAUGUUUAGACUGGUGCUAAACUCUAUUCUACUUCAAUUUUUUCUCUGUUUUAAUUUACUAUCAAGAUUAAAGCCGAUCUCUGGUCGUCAUUCUGAGCGACCUUGCCUUGUGAUCUUAGGUAGUGAAGCUGUCACUUUGGACACAAGCCUUCUUUAGCCUGCAGUUUUUCCAUUAAAGGUGGUUUGAAGCAAUUGGGGGGCCCCUAGCUGACAAUUUUUCUUUGCCCCAUGGAAUCCGAAGCUCAUCAUGGUGUCCUUUUUCUUUGGCCAACUUGUUCUAAUUGGAUCCAACGAAUGUCGAGGUUUCCAAUUCUAGGCUCUAUUGAUGUUUUUAUGGUGUUGAGCAUGUUUUCGGAAACUAUAGAAACCUAGAAUAGGCCAUUCGACCCUUCAAAUCAGCUCGGUCAUUCAAUAUGAUCAUUGCUGAUCAUCCAAAUUCAGUACCCCGUUCUGGCCUUUCCCCCCCAGACAUGCAUUUUGGCAGUGCCAGCUGCAUUCAAAUUUUUAAUUUAAUUGAUUUUGUUGCUACUGCAUUUUUUCCUAUUGGGUUUAGACAAUUUCAGAUAAAUAUAACGUCCCACCUGUGUUUGAACUGUUCUCGUCCAUUCCAAUUUGGGUAGAUAUGAGGUAUUCUGAAACUGUCCAGCCUGUCCUAAAUCCAUUUGGUGGAUUAGAAAUCAAUUCAUAGCAUAACCUCAUACUUUGUAAGUGAGGAGUCUGUAUGGCUUGCUGAUAAAUGUCAUUGGUUGUCUUGCCAUAUGAUGCCACUAAGAUGUUACAAUAACUCAAAAUAUAAUGAUGCCCGAUUACUCUGUCCUACCUAGAAGAGUAGAUACUUUUUAGUUUUAGGCCUGUAAAUUAAUUUAUUGUGACUUGCAGAAAAUAAAUUUGGCCAGCAGCAUCCCAGAUCUAACGUUUGGUAUUCUGAAACUUGAGCAGUAGUAAUAGAAAUGUGUAUUUGAAUAGUCAAUGCAGUAAAAAGCGUGAGGACAAUGUGCACAACAUCUAGUAAACAUACCCAUGUGUUUCUGGUGUUGAUGCACAUUAAUCUUUGGACCUUCUGCAUCACCAACAAAACCAGAACAUUUUGUGGAAUCUUAUUUGGACGUGGGGAUUUUUUUUUAAGUAUGUGUGCAUGUGGUUAAAAUUCUACCAGACAGAUUUGCUGUGAAACUGGGACAGGAUCUAAAAAGUGGAGUUCUGAAGACUUAUUUUUAGUUUCCAAUGAACUUAAUACCUGGUGAAAGAUGUUCUCUGAACGAUUUGCAAUUUAUGAUCCAGAAAACCUUUUUAAACUACUGACCUACUAUGGGUCCAACUGUUACCUUGUGAAGGUUUCACCUAAAACUUCAUUUGAAAAGUUGGUCCUCUUGCAUCGUGAAUGACUAAUUGAAAAAUUUCAAUAAUUGGAAUCCAGUAGCAUUUCUGGGAGGUGCAGAUCUGCUCAUAAGAAUGAAUUUGCAACAGGAUGCCUGGACCACCAGAACGUGACUUCUAUCUAUGUCUUCUGCCUAUAGAAGCUGAAGAGCUUCAAUGGGUAACUGCAAACCAAGCAGUAACAUGCUGUGCCAACAAAUAAUUGCUGUUUAGCAUUGUGAUAAUGGUAAGUGUUAAAACUUAUUUGUGGGGAUGGGUGGUGGGGCAUGUUUGAACAUAUAAUCAAAUCCACUGGUAUGAUUUUUAUACAGUUCUACUAGCCGUAAGUGCAGUUUUCUAGUGAGGGGCAACUAUUUUAUCAUUCGUUAAUUUUUUUAUUAAUAGCCAGGAUCGGAUAUUUUUAAAUCAAAAUUCUGGGGUGAUUUAAUAUGUAACUUGAGGGCUGCUUACUUGCUUGAGUCCUAACUUAUCAAUGGAGAUAUUUAAAAAUCCCAGGCUAUGCAAUGUAGUUAUUUCCAAAGUGAAUAAUUUGCCCACUUUCUAAAUAACGCUAAUUAAAAUCUACAUCUCUUUGAUGAUGGCUUCACUUUGUUCCCUUAAAAUUGCUGCAUUUGAACAUGGGUUUCAUAAUUUAAAUAGGUUUAGUAUAUUUAAGUGGGGAUGAUAAACCAGGGCCCUGUUCAAAUCUAUAUAGUAAUUUGAUAGAUUUGGUUUUGUGAUGUUACUUGUAAUUAGGGGCUUUUGUGAGCCCUUUGAGCUCACCAGUUUGGGGAAUUUUUAGUUCUUUAGGUGUUACAAGCGGAGCUUAGAACUAUUUUUGCAAUGCCCAGUUUUCAAAAUUUUUGAUGCCACAACUUGGUGCAUUUAGUUGCAAUAGGGGUAUGCUUUUUGUGAAUUUGAAAUUGGAGCAAAGUUCCUUUGGCCUGAAAGGCUCGCUUAUACAUUUUUAGAGAUAUGAGCUUGGUGUAUGGUAUCAGUUAAUCUCAAUACAUGUAAAGGAAAGUUUAGUUGUUGCCAUCUUGGUAUUCAGGCGCUGAAUUUUGUAAUGCCCAUUAAGUCUGGGAACAAAUUGAAAUAACUUGUCUUCCCCAGUAUUCUUUGGUGGAAGUUAUAACAGUUUCAGAUUCUCAGGUCACAUGGCAACGCAUCUGAGUUACAAGCCAGCAAGUGGCUGCUGGCAGCCAAUUGUGCUGCAUCCUUGCAAGUAAUGCCACUCUACAACGAAUAAUUACAGUCAGCUUGUCUGCAAUACAUUACAUUGAGGAUCUGUAGUACUGCAAAUGGGAUUGGGCAGUAAGACCUGGAGAAUAGUAUUCCUGCUUGUUCUGCGGUACACAGUACAGACUGCAUACAGGCAUGGUAGCGCUUGAUGCUUGUUGAUUGGUGCAUUAAAAUUGCCACUUCCAUCCACAACCAGGAUGUUUCACAUCUGGUCAUUCACCACAAGUUAUGAAGAGGGGAUCUUGGAGGACAAUCACCUGGAUGUCACGGCCACUAUUCAUGACACCAGUGUUUUCUCUGUCAAUGUAAAUAAAAUAUUUUGUAUCAA